AUGAAGGUGCUUAACGAGAACCACUCUGGACCAUGGGGCAUGCGCCUGCUCCUUCUACGUUUCUCAAGCGAACCGUUAUUUUCUCAUGGCCGCCAAGAGCCGUUUCUAGCCAAAGGCAUUAUUGAGGCUCAAGCAAAGAAAGAGCUUAUCAACAAACUCGCUCAUGUAGCGUGCUAUUUUUCGUUAAAGAAUAAAUUUUUUGUUACUAUGUUUAAUGAGCAUCCCUCCCUUUGGGAAAUAUAUCUACAAAAGAAAUGCAUGGAAGUUAGCACGGCCGUUGCAGCAAGCGCAGACUUUCUGCAUAUACUUUCCAUCGCUACGGCGCCUGGCAUGGUAAUCGGGAUUACCGGACCCCCAGAGUGCGGAAAAUCAUUCAUGUUGGCCAUGGUCGCACUUGUUUCUGCUGCCGAGAGCAGCAUUAUUAUCGGUAAGUUCAGGUUUCUUUUGCUAGAUUCUGAAGGUGGGUUUCCGGCACGUCAUCUUUUGGCCAGACUCGCUCAAAAAUACUUUUCCAACGCUCACGCGCUCCACAACAACCCUGGAAUGCUUCAAACUUGGUUCGAGGUUCAAGAUAUGGAUGAAUUUUACGUUGCAUUUGUCGAAGCCCUGAAAACGACCCCGGAUGGGGCAUUGUUGCUGAUUGAUUCACUUACACGGCCACUUCGUUUUUCGAUGGCAUCCAAAAUUUUGCCGGGAAAUGAUUGUACCCUGCCAGCAAACCUCAAGACGGUUUCGUGCCUAAUUCAACAUGCAUCCAAGGAUCUCGGAAACUCUGUAUCGGGAAUUUGCUGA